AUGUCGCUCCGUCGCCAGUCGGGCGCCCGCCGCGUCCCGGACACGCCUCGCAUCAUCUCGCCGAGCCCGACCCCGUCAGAACGAGACGUGCAGGAUUACGUGGGCCCAAUGACCCGGAGUCGAAGAAAGGCCCCGACGCAGCAGGCGGUGGAGGAGCUGAGCGAUGAGGAGGACCUCGAUAGUGCUUCCGGCAUCCGGAGAUCCCGUACAAGAAGCCGCUCGCCCAUCGACACCCGCGGUGUCCCUCGCAUGACACCCAAGACUUCCAAAACCUCGACAUCGCAAAAGCCUGAGCUGGACGGCAUCAUGGCGACCACUACCGCCACCAGACUGGCCACCACGAACGGUCACUUGGCGCCUCCUCUGCCUGCGACCCCGACGGGAUGGAGCUGGCGCGACUUCAGCCGGAGCCCCAGUCCUCUAGGCCUUAUCCCAAUCCACCGACACUGGCGGACGUUUGUGCACAAGCAUGAGGUCCCGCGCAAAGUCCUCCACGUUUCCAUCGGCUUCUUCGUCGUCUGGCUCUACAGCUCCGGCACCCAGACCAGCGCCGUGCCGCCAUAUCUGAUGAGCGCGUUGAUCCCAAUCACAACGGUCGACUGGCUGCGGCACCGAUACGCUUCCUUCAACCGGCUCUAUGUCAAGGUGCUCGGCGCCCUUAUGCGGGAAAGCGAGUACGCGGGGUGGAACGGCGUCAUCUUCUACCUCCUCGGCGCAUGGAUCACUCUCUACUUCUUCCCCAAGGACGUUGGCGUCAUCGGCGUCCUGCUGCUCAGCUGGUGCGAUACCGCCGCCAGCACAUUCGGCCGACUCUGGGGAAAAUAUACCCCGAGACUACGCCGCGGCAAGUCCCUCGCUGGAUCGCUGGCCGCCUUCCUUGUUGGCGUGGCCACUUCCUACCUCUGGUACGGAUGGCUCGUCCCCACCAUCGGACCCAUGCCCGGCGACGAGAACUUCAUGUUCACGGGUACUCUCUCUCUGCCACAGGCAUUUACCGAGGCAGUCGGCCUGCCAGAGAACUUGAGCUCUGUCUCUGGCCCUGUAGCUUUGGGCAUCAUGAGCGUCUGGUCUGGCUUUGUCGCUUCGGCCAGUGAAGUGGCUGACCUGUUCGGAUGGGACGAUAACCUGACGAUCCCAGUGCUUAGCGGACUCGGCAUCUGGGGAUUCCUUAAACUGUUUGGCUAG